GCGACCCGAUCGGAUGCAGCUGACGUGCCGGCUGCGCCGCUGUUCUCCUGGGGCCGCCGGGAUCGCGGCGGCGUGGCUGGAGCUGCGGCUGACUCCUGGUCUGCCGCUGCCCCGUCGCGGCGUGGCCCGCGAGGCUGCCGCUGACGUGUUCCAGCGGGACGUCCAUAGUGCCUCUUACACUGGAGACUCCUUGCUCAACACGUGGGUAGUCUUCCACAACCAUUGGUUCAGAGGGCAGCUCGCUGUCUUCCCGCUCACUGUCGCGUCGCUCGAGGCUGUGGGCGUCCUGCUUAAGGCUGGCGGCUACAGGUCGCCAGCGAAUUAUUAUUCGAAGGCCAAGGACGAGCACCUUGCGCAUGGGCAUCCUUGGGAUGAGUUUUUGGAUCGGGCUGUACGCCGGGCAGUCCGCUCCAUCACGCGGGGCAUGGGGCCCGCGAAGCAGGCUGCUGAGCUUAACGCCCCUGGCCUGGUGAGCUUAUCGGGGUCGUUGCCCUGGCUACCCAACGUACGCAAUGGGCCCCUGGGCCUUCGGACAGCGCUCCUCGUCGGCAUCAUGUUCUGCAUGCGGGAGGUGGAGCUCGCCUUGGCGAAGAUCUGCCACAUUUCGUUCGACCACGCGGCCAAGUCGGUGUCGUGGGAUUUGCCUGCAUCGAAAAACGACCCGACAGCUCAGGGCAGGCUAAGGACUUGGGAGUGCUUGUGCAAUGCCGACGGGGGUCCGCAUCCGUGUCCGUACCAUUUAGUACUCCCGCACCUUGAACAUCUACGGGGGCAUUUUGGACGGCUGCUUCCGGGUCUUCCUGUGUUUCCCACGCCGUCCGGUGACGUGGUCGCGAAAGCUGCCAUGGUCAAGUCGAUCGAGGAGGUCGCUUCGUGCCUCGGCCUCCCGCUGCACGACGAGCUCAACAGGCCCCGGUUCGGAGGGCACACGCUCCGAGUUACCGGUGCGCGCUGGCUGGCGGCUCUUGGGCUGCCCCUGGUGUCGAUCCAGUUGCUGGCGCGCUGGGAGUCGGAGACCGUCCGGCGGUGCAUUUCGGAGGCGCCCCUUCGGCGUCUCUCCGUGGACUACAUGGCUGCCGCGGGGGACACGCACCUCCGGGGUUUCAUGUCCAAGUCCGAGGAGGAGCUGAAGGCGUCAAAGGCAAAGGUCAAGGGACUCGGUGACCAGCUCUGGAAGGAGCUGUUGGAGCUCCGGGCGAAAGCCCAGGAACCCCAGGAUGCUGGAGGGGAUCCUGAAGAUAACGACGAGCUUCCUGUUCCACCUGCGCCUGUUCGACCUCAUGGCAGUGGCGGCUCAGACAACCACCUUUGGAUCAUGAGUGCGGACACGAGGCAAUCUCGUGCCCAGAGGCUCACUGCACAUCUCCACGAGCUUCC